GUGUUUUUGCCCGACGAUCCUCCUUAUGUGUGGAUGACAGCAAAAAUGUGGUUCAACAAUGCAGAUGCCAAUGUUCAUCAAUCACUCACUCAUUUAGGGUUCACCCAUUUAUUGAUGGAGGGUGUCACAGUUGUCACUCAUAGAAAUCUCUCACAAUCUCAUCCUCUGUUCAAACUUCUAGCACCUCAUUUCCUCUACCUAAUAGCCAUCAAUACACGAGGUUUAGAGUUACUUGUGUCACCAAAUGGCUGGGUAGAUAAAACUAUGAAUAUUGGGAUCAAAGGAAUGUUUGAGCUUAUCAGACGAGGGCUUAAUUCUUGGCGAAUGGAUGUUGAAGGAACUUUGCCAGAGGAUCUUAAAAAACGAGGGCUUCUACAUCAUUCAGUGUUGCCGGGUUACCAUUUCCGUGACGAUGCACUCUUAUUAUACAAUGCCAUUAACUCUUAUGUGAAGAAAUAUGUAGACUUAUACUAUGAUACUGUAGAUAAGAUCACUGGUGACUGGGAGUUACAAGGCUGGGGAGCUGAGCUAGUUAAGGAAAGAGAAAAAGGUGGCUGCGGAAUUCUGGGUAUUCCAGGAAAUGGCAACUUCUCAUCAAAGGACCAGCUGUACACAGUUCUUACGUCAAUCAUAUUUACAUGCAGUGUGUCACACGCCUCAACAAACUUCCCACAAUAUGACGAGUACGCAUUCCCGCCAAACUACCCAGCAUUAUUGACAGGAACGCCCCCAAAAGAUAAG